GGUCAAAAGUCGCCUGGAGCACGCUUUUUGACAUCUUCUGUACCUCUCGCGAUGGCGGAUGGAUUAAAACAAAGAGAAAACUUAUAUAAGCUGAUGAUAAGUCAGCUCAGAUAUGAUGGAUUUGAUGCCAUUGCAAAUAAUUUGGCCAAAGUCGUUAACAUCAUCAGUGCAUGCCCUCCUAUGGCACGACUAUAUGAAGUUGUGAAUCUUGGAAUUCAAGCUGAAACAGAAGGUGUGAGACCCGAACCCACAGUCCUUCCUGGACUAACACCAUCAGUUGAAACAAGCAGAGGAAUCGAUUUGGAGUAUGAACCAGAAGAUCAUGGUACCAGUCCUCCAGCAGCCAUGUACGAAACAUAUUACGUAACAGCACACAAGGCUCCCUGCCGAACAGCGAGUUUUAGUCAAAAUGGUGAAAUAUUCCGCAUCAGCUAAUCUUUAUGCAUCUUGUAGCAAGGAUGGAGCAAUAAAGAUCUGGGAUGGAGUCAGUAACCGGUGCAUCGCAACAUUUGAACAGGCACACCAGGGUGGAGAGGUGUAUUCUGUUUGUUUCUCUCAAAACGGAAAGUAUAUAGUUUCAAGUGGAAAAGAUUCUCGUGUGUACCUAUGGGAACUCUCAACUGGGAAGGCUCUAAGCAUGUACAUAGGCGCCACAAUGUCAAACUACAGGACACAGAUUGUUUUCAACCACACCGAGGAUUUUUUGAUUGCCGCCGACGAAUCGAAUAACAGUAUAGCAUGCUGGGACACGAGGUCAACAGAGCUGCAAAAAACUCUUAAUUCAGGUCACAACAACCACAUUCGCUGCAUCACCCACUCCCCCACAGGAGCAGCGUUUGUCUCGUGUAGCGACGACUUCAGGGCGAGGUUUUGGUACUGUGAGGGAGUAUAGAGAAUUCCUCCACCGAUUGCAUUGAAAGCUUAGAAUUCGUGUCCAUUACGCCGAUCUUAAACGCAACUAUAAAGCUAAAGUUACAACCUCAAUCUAUCCCGAAAUCGUCUCAGAGUUUCAGCCUUCUAGGUGCUUUACCUGUUAUCUUAACUUGGAUAAACUCGUUCGGCUUUGUGUAAUUUGUGAGACUUUGAAAUAAAAUCUAACGCCAGUUUUCGUCUGUUGUUUUAUUUAUCAUUACUAUUAGAGCAAUGUUCAAUUGAGUUCAACUUUUGUUUUUGCAUUAUUUCGCUCCGCGAUCAGUCCAUAAAAUACAAUACAAUACUUUAUUUACCCACGCUACAUCUAGGAGUGAUAAAAACUCGCCUAGGAAACUCUCGCUAAUCUCUCAACCAAUCAGAAGCAAAACUAAAACUAAUCACGACUUGUUCCUUUGCGUUUUCCCGCGCUUUUUGUAAGACCUUGCAUCAGGAGAAAAGAUGUAAACCACAACAACAAUAGCUUGGGACUCUCUUCCAGCGACUCUUAGAGCUUAGAAUAAACUUUUAAAGAUAAUUAUGAUCAUAAUGUUAAUGACAGAGCAAUUUUCAAUUGUGUGUCGAAAGUAAUCCAUAAUUGCUUCUUUCUUUUUGCUCUUCUUCGCUUUGUGAUUGGUCCAGAAAACUCGUGCCAAUCUCUUAACCAAUCUGCUGCUAAACUAAAACCAAUCACGGGGUAGUUUGAGUUGAUAACGUAAAAUGGGUCAUUAAUACCAAUUUACCCUGUUAGACUCUCCUAUCGAAGCAACACUACAGUUUCUUUAAAAACUUUCCCCUUUUCAUAAAACCAAUCUUUCUUCUGCGUUUUCUUGCGCUUUAGGAAGUUUGGUCGGAUUUACUUUGAGGUCUCUUAAAGGUAUUUUCUUUUCUUCCGAUUGGUCGUUGUAAUUACUCUGGUUUUGGUUUUAUGGCUCUCGAUUGAAAAGCGCUCUAUGGCUCUUAUCAUCAUUAUUGUUAGUAUUAUACUACAGUUUAGGUUCAAUAAAUGAACAAAUGCCUUAA